UAGCAGUGACCCGUUUGUCCAUUUUGAUCUGACUAUAGAAAGAGUAGUUCUGCAGGGCAAUUUUUCGCAAAUUCUUCCCGUAUCUGUUCAUCAUUGUUUGCAAUGCGAGUGCACUUGUGUCUUUUGCUCGUCUUCUCCCUGUUUCAAGCAGUUCAAAGCAGCACAAUUUCCAGUAUAACUGCGUCAAGUCCACUCGAUCAGAACCAAACCCUUGUCUCUCCAAGUCAAAUUUUCGAGCUCGGGUUCUUCAUGCCUAAUGGAUCCAGAAAGCAGUACGUAGGGAUAUGGUACAAGAACAUGCCUCACUCCAAAGUUGUCUGGGUGGCCAACAGGGACAAGCCACUUGAGGACACAGAUCAAUCUGCAAGUUUAGUGAUUGGCAGAGAUGGAAAUCUGAAGCUUCUUGAUGGGCAACAGAGCACUGUCUGGUCUACUAAUGUCACCGCAAAGUCAAAUUAUUCUGCAGCAGUGCUUUGGGAUAGCGGAAACCUUGUUCUUCAAGACAGGAGUGCGAAUGAAAUGUGGCAAAGCUUUGAUGAGCCAACCGACACUCUCCUGCCAAACAUGAAGAUCAGAGUAAACCUGAAAACAGGAAAGACACAAAACUUGGUUUCCUGGAAAGGUGAGGAUGAUCCCUCAAGUGGAAGCUUUGUCCUUGGAAUUACAUCGGAGACCCCACCUCAGGGUUUUGCUUGGAAUGGAUCGAGUCCUUACUGGAGAAGCGGACCGUGGGAUAAAUCCAAGUUCAUUGGAAUACCGAUCAUGAACAGCACAUACCUGAACAACUAUGACCUCCAGCAAAAUAUUGACCAGGGAACAUCUUAUUUUUACUUCAAUAAUCACCGCAACUCCUACUUUGGAUAUUUUUUCAUCUCAUCAGAAGGAUCUAUAGAGUUUGUUUCAUGGAAGAAUGGAUGGUCAACAUUCUGGGAGGCACCAGCAACAACCAACCAUUGUGAUAUUUAUGGAACAUGUGGCCCUUUUGGAGUUUGUGACUCACUUGGUUCAACUAUGUGCAGAUGCUUAAAAGGUUUUAAACCAAGGUCAGAUGAAGAAUGGAAAAGAGGAAACUGGACUGGAGGGUGCCUUAGGAAAACAGAAUUGAAUUGUCAGAAAUCCGCAAGGGCAGCAGCUUCAACAACUGUGGAAAAAGAUGUGUUCGGGCAAAUGAAACAGAUGAAAGUGCCUGAUUCCGCUGAGUAUUUGUUGAGUGUAGCCGAUAAAGAAGGAUGUCAAAGUUGGUGCCAAGGAAACUGCUCGUGCUUGGCCUUUUCCUAUGUGGACACUAUAGGAUGUAUGGUUUGGAGUAGAGAUCUCCUAGAUCUUCAGCAAUUCUCCACGGCAGGCGAAGAUCUAUUUAUUCGACUUGCAUCUGCCGACACAGGUAUACCUACGCUGACAAUACUGAUCAUCAGCCUAAGUACUGUUUCUGUCAUCAUGCUAUUUGGAGCUGGUACUUUAGUCUGUGGUCCCUCCAGGUGGAGAGAGAAGUUCAGGAAAAUGAAAAUCCAAAGGCUCCUUAGGUCGGGGGUUACAGACAACAAAUCAGAAGAAUUGAUAGCUACAACUUUGACGCCAAAAACAAACUUGGGCAGGGAGGGUUUGGCCUUGUUUAUAAGGGAAAUAGCUGUGAAGAGACUUUCAAGCAACUCAGGCCAAGGCAUAGCAGAGUUCAAGAAUGAGAUCCUUCUAAUAUCCAAGCUUCAACACCGAAAUCUCGUGAGACUCUUUGGUUGCUGCACUGAAGGAGAUGAAAAGAUACUAGUGUAUGAGUACUUGCCAAACAAGAGCCUGGACACCUUUCUUUUUGAUUCACAAGAGAAGGCAAAACUUAGUUGGGCCAUGCGCUUCCGCAUUAUCCAAGGGGUCGCAAGAGGGUUGCUCUACCUCCACCGGGAUUCCUACCUGAGGGUUAUACAUCGAGAUCUGAAAGUGAGCAAUAUUCUCUUAGACGAAGAGAUGAAUCCCAAGAUAUCAGAUUUUGGGCUGGCGUGGAUGUUUGAGGGCACUCAAGUUUUGGUAAAUACUAGCAAAGUUGCGGGAACCUUGUAA